AGACCCACACUGAACACCACACUGUUCUUACCUACUGGCCCUCCACCCCACGCACACAAAGAGUGAGAACCGCAGACGUUAUGUUCCCUCUCCGUGUACCCCUGUUGGUCGUAUUGGUCAGCGUGGCACUGUGCCAGUAUUAUGAUUAUGACUACCAGCCUCAUUCUAUGCAAGGACCCUCAGGGCCCAACUGUAAUCAAGAAUGCGACUGCCCAUUCAACUUCCCCACUGCCAUGUAUUGUGACAACCGCAAGCUCAAGUUUGUUCCAGUAGUCCCAACAGGGAUCAAGUACCUGUACCUCCAGAACAACCAGAUAGAAGAGAUCAAGGCAGGAGUGUUUGAUAAUGUCACUGAUGGACUUCGCUGGCUGAUACUUGACAACAACCAGAUUACCAAUGCUAAGAUAGCAAAGGGCACAAUCGACAAACUUACAGUCCUGGAGAAGCUACACUUCAGCUACAACAACCUGACAGAGCCAGUUGUCCCCCCCUCAAAGUCCCUUGAUGAGCUGAAGCUAAUGCACAACAAGUUAUCCAAGUUCCCCUCUGGACUCUUGAGUGACAAGGAGAACUUGACCUCCAUCAACCUUCAGCACAAUCAGCUAACGUCCGAUGCCAUCGGGGGGGCAUUCAAAGGGCCAAAGAAGCUGCUGUCCCUGGACAUGAGCCAUAACAAGCUGAAGAAGCUGCCUGCCGGAGUUCCCAGUUCACUGGAAAUUCUCUACGCUGACUACAAUGACAUUGACAGUGUCGGAGCAGGAUACCUGAACAAGAUGCCCUCGCUGCAGUACCUGAGGAUCUCCAACAACAAGCUGGUGGACUCCGGACUCCCUGCUGGAGUGUUCAAUGUGACAUCACUAGUGGAGCUGGACCUGUCUUUCAACAAACUGCAGUCCAUCCCUGAGAUCAACGAGAAGCUGGAGCAACUCUACCUCCAGGCCAACGAAAUCAACAAGUUUGACCUGGCAAGUUUCUGCAAGCACAUAACUCCUGUCAACUAUUCCAACCUGAAGCAUCUGCGUCUGGACGCCAACAACAUCACACACAGCAGCAUGCCCCCUGACUCCUCCAACUGCCUGCGCCUUCUUUCAGAUGUCAUGUUUGAAUAAGGACCUCCCUCAAAUCUAUGACCUCUCCAUUACCCCCUUUUCUACUACCAUUAUAUGGCUCAGCCCAAUGCCUUCUGGAUUAAAAUUGUGUAAUAUCCCUCCUGACAUAGUGCUCACAUGUCCUUGCACAUAAGUAGUAUGCAAAUCUGAUGCACUGUAAUGGCAUCUUCAUCAAUUAAAAUAUAUAUCUUGAAUAAAUCAAGAGCUGGGCAAAUUUGAUGGCAAGAGAAGCUAGCAACAAGUUUGCAACAUACUAUUGGCAAACAUCAAACAUAAACAUGAAGGCAAAAAAUAGACAAAAAAAAUACAAAAAUACAAAAAGUAAAGGACCAAAAGUUCUAUGAAUAAAAAUCGAUUCAUAUGCUUUGAUUUAAAACACACACUUUAAACAUUCCAAACUUGCAUUUGAUUACAUUGAAUUCAGACACAAUGGAGUAAAUGAUGGCUCCAAUGUCUCAAUUCAAUCAUCAAUCGUCAUUUUGUUGUCUGUCUUGUAUGUUCUAAUGUUUAGCAUGUAUAAUAUAAUGUGGGUACAACAAAUAAUCCAUUGCUGUGCAAAGGACCAGCAAACAAGGACUGUGUACUCAGAUUUCAGUGUGUAGUGCCCAAUGUGAGAAAUUAUGAACAAAUGUAAAACAGCAGUAACAUAGAAGUCACAUUUUUCAACUCGUGAAUGAAUCAAAGUGGUUUUAAGGUUAAUACCAUUGUUAUUUACUUGUGUCUGCCUUUUUUAUAAAUGGUGCCUUGAUGCAAAUA